AUGAUCGUGACUGUCAGAAGAGGUAAGCGAGUUUUUUUUGUUUUCUUUGAUUUUUAUAGCAGUAAGCCUGGUUUCUAAAUUUUUUGUUUGGAAUUUAGGUUAGAAUUUUUAAGAAGAACAUACAGCUUUCCCGUACUUGGCGUUCAACAAAAAAUGUGACAGUUCCAGGAGGUAGGUGUGAGGGAAAUGCUUGGUAACUUCGUUUGCAAGGUCUUUGCAUUUAAAUUUACCGAAUUUCUUUCAAUUUCAGAGCGUUAUUUAUAUUGCACUUGACUUCAGAGCGAAUCCCGUUCUGGAUUUGUUGUAUUCCCGCAAAAUGCGUAUGCCCCAUCCCACAGCCCCAUUAUCAAUUGGGUAAUGCAAGUUGGCACCUUCAAGGCCUCUUUAUCACAAGGCCUGCCCGGACGUGAAGGAUUACCUGGACUGACGCUUCGUAUUGGUAUCGUAUCCAUGGUGAGAACAAAAUUAAAAAAUUGUCCAAUUUUGAGGGUAAGGUGUAAAUUUACAGGUGUAUGUCGAUUUUUCCGUCAAAGACCUGCCUCAUCAACCCGUGACGAUCUCCAUCUUCAGUAUUAACAUCCACGUAGUCGAAGAGAGAGGGAGUUGGAAUGGUGUUUUUCGGUAAGGCAAGGUAGCUUGAUGGUAGUCAUAAUCAUAUCGUUUGUUUGUAGGACUGAGAUGGAUCACCAAUGGAAAGAGGGUAUGUAUCUCUUCGAUGUUUCAGAAGUCGGGAUUCAUCAAGCGGGUGAGUAAUUUAUAUUGUAGUAGGUUUGAUUUUUAGGCCAUGCAAUGCGGAUACCCGACGGUAAUGAUGGUGGUGGGGACUUGAUCCUCCCCGAUGAAACCCGACCCUUUCUUCCAGUCGUCGUUUGGGAUCAGCGCAAGAAGUGCCAGGUUCAUCGAGUUAAAGGCGACAUUGUCAAAGUCUUUGUCAGCCAUUUGACCUUGAAAUUGUGUUUGUGCGAACAGUUUAUUUAA